AUGUCUUCUACCGAGCCUGACAACACCCAUACCGACAGCGGCGACGGUACGGAUACCACAGCCCUUCCAUCCUUUGGUCCGCUCACAGCCGAAGAGAUUCUCGAUCAGCUCAAUGUACAGCUCUCUGCAAAAGAAAAGGACCAUCUCGUCUUCGUUGCCGAUUCCGCCAAGAUCGAACAAGAUUACCAAGCUGCGCUCGCGAUCAACGCCGAACCCUCCAUUCUCCGUCAUCAUGAGGAACUUAAGCAAGCGCACCAAGGCCUUCACGAGCAAUUCCUCAGAGAGUGGAUCGAGCUUGUGCAACAAAGUCGCGACAUGAACAUAGAGGCGAAAGCUCGUGUGGAGGAGGAGAAGGAGGCUUUAAAGAAGGAGUUGAUGGCAAGAAAAGAAACAAUGAAGAAGAUGGAGGAGAAGAGAGCGAGACUCAGGGAGAAGGCGAGGGUCAAGGAGGAGAAGGCGAGAGCCAAGGAGGAAUGGAAGAAAGCAUCGCGCGAGAAGAUAGCGAUGCUUGAGGCGCAGACAGCGAGGGUGAUAAGAGAGACGAAGAAGAAACGCGCAGUGCUCAUAAGGGAGAAUGCUGUCGCGAGGGUUGAGGUGGAGGCCCGGAAGAUCGAGCACGAGGUUCUAAAAGCUAGGAACGCUGAGAUCAAGGCGGAAACAAGGAUGUACAAGAAUGAGCUCUUGGAAAUCUACUUGUACAGGUGGAUUGCAGACCUUGACUAG